CCUGUCAGCGACACAUGUAGAACAAGCAGCUAACGGGACCCACAGAGCAGACCGGAGGAGAGUCAAUUAUAGCCUCUCUGCCAGAACCUCGUUAUUUCUUUUUCCCUGCUUGCCUUUUUUUCUGUGUGCCAAAAACACGCACUUCUUUUCGCUCUGAGGACAUUACGGCAUGCACAGACCUGUAAUUAGAGCUUGCAAUGGACUCCUUUUGUUACAGCGAAAAACAGAGCAGUAAAACAGCAACAGUCAAACGGGAACCAUCCAGUGGAAAUACUAUCUGAUAACUCCAUUUGCUCGGCGCUCCGCUUGUUGCCUUUGCCCAGUGAAGUAUCCGAGCUGGAGGCCGACCCCUGCGCGGUACUGUCUCCGCGUUUUACCUGUACUUUACUGGGACUCUUGCGUACCUGUUUACCUUCCUACCCUGCCGGCCAACAACUUUACAACCAUUACUCUCAAACGAGACAAACGAGGGACAAUGGUGAAUCCUGGAGGCAGCAGCCAGCCACCACCGGUGGGCACAGGUUCCCUGUCCUGGAAGCGGUGUGCGGGCUGCGGGGGCAAAAUCGCAGACCGUUUCCUCCUCUACACCAUGGACAGCUACUGGCACAGCCGAUGCCUCAAGUGCUCCUGCUGCCAGGCCCAGCUGGGCGAAAUCGGCACGUCUUGCUACACAAAAAGUGGCAUGAUCCUCUGUAGAAACGACUACAUCAGAUUAUUUGGAAACAGCGGAGCCUGCAGCGCUUGUGGUCAGUCCAUUCCAGCCAGUGAACUGGUGAUGAGGGCGCAGGGCAACGUGUACCAUCUCAAGUGUUUCACAUGUUCCACCUGCCGGAACCGGCUCGUCCCCGGGGAUCGGUUCCACUACAUCAACGGCAGCCUGUUCUGCGAACACGACAGACCCACAGCACUCAUCAACGGACAUUUGAGUUCACUGCAGACGAACCCACUACUGCCCGACCAGAAGGUGUGUUAGACGGGAGCCGUGCAGGAAGCAGAAUGUGUGCCUUCAUUUUAGCCCUUACUCAUUGUCACCCGAGACAGCGUGGAUCAGCAGCACCCCAGCCUUUUAGCUGUGCUCCCGGGCCCUUUCGUCCUAAAGGGAUCCUCCGCCCAUCUUACCAGUAUCCUGACUUUUUAUUUCUGCAAACCCCAUGCCCAACGCUCAACCUUCAACCGUGGCUUUUCCCCAAAUAUGGGCGGAUACUUGCACUUACGUACCUGAAUCGGAACAGUGGGGACUUCAUGACCUUGGAAUAAAAAAAAAAAAAAGGGGACUAUCAGAAUCCAAGGGGACUCUUCAGAGAGAGAAAUUACAUAACAUGCAAGAGGAUGUUGUGAUGGAAAGAGAAAAAGACUAAUGAGGUUAAAGCAAUGCAGGCUUUCAACUCUGCAUAUUUGUUAAAAAAAAAAAAAAGACAUUCGGGGGGCAAUCCGGGAACUUUUCUUUUUUUGUCUCGCUUCCUUUUCUAUCCUUAUUUCCCAACAACAUGGUGUUUCCACUUUAUAUAUUUUAAGUGUUGUCAAAGGGGAAUGUGUUUUUUUUGGUGGUCUCUCUAUAUAUAUAAAAAGAUGGGGUUUUAAAAAAAUCUGUGGCUUUUUGUGGAAAACAAAUCAUGAACACUCUCUUGGUGUAUUUGUAAAACUACCAUGUAUGUACAGUAUGCAUGUAAAUGUCGUUGUCCAGGCGUGGCUACAGUACAUCUGACCCUCCGCACUCAGCUCCAGUCCUCCUCCCUCCCCCCCCCCCCGAAAACCUGAAUCCCUGGCAAACUGAAGAAAUUUGCUCAUAGUCAGUAUCGUAGAGAUCAUCACCAACAUAUAAAUGCUGAAUGAAAGAGAAAUUUAUUUGUGAUAUUUUCCGAGACAUUUGCUCCAGUAUGGUGUAUUUAAUUAAUAAAAAUAUGGAAGAUUUAAA